AAAUGAAAAUUACAUUAACCAAGAUGGCGCUGGGCGACAGAGGAAAGUGAUGAGAGAAUAGAACAACAAGCGAUACAACUAUAUAAGAGUGUGCAUUUAUUUAUCUUGUGCGACUAUUUAAAACCAGACCUCUAUUUUAUCAUCGGGAAACUGCCAAGCACGUGCUUAGAGACCGUACUGGUCUAUGGAGAUAUAAUUAUUCAGCUAACUAGCUGCUCAAGUAACGUUAGCCUAGCGUAGCUAACAUUCGCUAACUGCGGAAGGCGAGUGAGGAGAAGGCUUGCAGGCAGCUCGAAGUGCAAGCCGACAAGUCAGGCUGAUUUUUCGAUAUCAAGCGACCUCUCCGUUUGAUACAUUAACUACCCUUACAGAGUUUGCGGCACGGACCGGUGAUCCAAAGCAGGGCUCCGUCAGGAAACUGACGUUACACCUCUGAUAAGGAAAGCAGAUAAAGACGAGGAAAAGGCGUCAUCUUUGCCGAUUUGACGCCAUGGCUCUUUCCCCUAUUCAGAGUGGACUGCCGGGGAUUCAGAACUUUAAAGCUGAUCCAGAGGAGUUUUUUACCAAGCUGGACAGGAUAGGGAAAGGCUCUUUUGGUGAAGUUUUUAAAGGCAUUGACAAUCGGACUCAGAAGGUUGUGGCCAUUAAAACUAUUGAUCUGGAAGAAGCGGAGGAUGAAAUAGAAGACAUUCAACAGGAAAUCACAGUUCUUAGCCAGUGUGACAGUCCAUUUAUCACCAAGUAUCAUGGCUCCUACCUAAAGGGUACAAAAUUAUGGAUUAUUAUGGAAUAUUUGGGUGGAGGAUCAGCCCUGGAUUUGUUGGAACCAGGUGCCCUGGAUGAAACGCAGAUUGCCACAAUUCUGAGAGAGAUCCUGAAAGGGCUGGAGUAUCUGCACUCUGAAAAGAAAAUCCACAGAGAUAUCAAAGCUGCAAACGUGUUGCUGUCAGAACAAGGCGAUGUGAAGCUGGCUGACUUCGGAGUGGCAGGCCAGCUGACAGACACCCAGAUAAAAAGGAACACAUUUGUUGGUACUCCUUUCUGGAUGGCACCUGAAGUUAUAAAGCAAUCGGCCUACGAUUCAAAGGCAGACAUCUGGUCAUUAGGAAUAACGGCAAUAGAACUGGCUAAAGGAGAGCCGCCACACUCUGAGCUUCAUCCUAUGAAGGUCUUAUUCCUCAUCCCAAAGAACAAUCCACCAACACUGGAAGGGAACUACAGUAAACCACUUAAAGAAUUUGUUGAAGCCUGUUUAAAUAAGGAGCCUAGCUUUAGGCCAACUGCCAAAGAGCUGUUAAAACAUAAGUAUAUUGUAAGGCAUUCCAAAAAGACAUCCUAUCUGACAGAGCUGAUUGACAGAUACAAGAGGUGGAAAUCCGAGCAGUCUCGGGAGGAAUCCAGCUCUGAUGAAUCUGAUGAGGAGCCAAAUGGCCAGGCUUCUGGAGGAGAUGACACUGGCAAUGAUGAUUGGAUUUUCAACACCAUCAGGGAGAAGGACCUCAAAAAGUUUCAGAAUGGGGCAGCACAGCCUGCUGAGCUCGAAAGGAAACAGAUGCAGGAGAGUCCAGAGAGUUCAAAGAGGCCUUUGUCACAAAGCUUAUCAACAAUCUUUUCUCCAUUGUUUACUGAGUUGAAAGAAAAGGGCGAGACGCGUAAUGGCAAGCCGGAGGCUGCAGAGGAGCUGCAGGAGGCCAUUUUCCUGGCAGAAGAAACACACCCAGGGAUCUGUGACUCCCUGGUAGCUGAACUAGUGCAGAGACUUCAGAGGUUUUCUGUGCCACAAACCGCUGCCAGUCAUUGAGAGGAGCUACAUCCAGCUCUGCUCUAAUCUUCCACCCUGGUGGCAGCAGUCAGAUCUUUUCCUCUGACCUCCACAGCCGGGAUGAAGUCUCCCAGGAAAGUCUCCAUCACUAAUUUUCCUGAAGCAAAUCCUGGCCCACGUAAUGUCUGUUUAUUCGCUAGCACACCACCAGAGGGUCCUAUUCAGGACAGUCAGUGGCCAGCCACCAUGACUGCCACCUGCUGUAAGAUGUCCCUUCUCAAUACCUCCUUCACAACUGUUUUUUAUUUUUUUUUUAUGGUGGAGUCAGCUAUCUUUCUGCAAGGACUCGAGUUAUUGGUUUUGGUGAGUUUGUGGCUUUUUCACAAAGGUUUACACUCCGCAUCCUUUUGGAGAAAGUACCUUGCUUAAUUGUGUGCAUGUGUGUGUGGCUGUGCGAGAGAUCCUGUGAACUGUGCGGUGAAGCGUGACGAGUGGGUUGAAGCAUUCUAUUGAAAACUCAGGUAUCCUGCUUUAAGUGGAUUGGGUCCUCUGGGAGAUGGAAAGAGCUCUAUAGGGUGGUUGUACGGACUUGUAAAUAAGCUAAUUUCUACAGAUUCAUGAAAAAUAAAUGGAGUGUUUGUAAUGGAACCACUGUGUACAAAUGGCCAAAUGCAAACUGUAGAUAAUGUUUGUGAGGUGAAUAUUUUGAGAGACUAAAAUGGCCAUACAUGAGAUUGCCUUGCCUUUCUACUUGUUCUUUUGUAUAUCGGUCUUUGAUUUCUCCAGUUGUAAAACUUUAGUACUCAUCCAGUGAAUGAAAAUGGCUGCCCUCUAUCAUGUUUUACUAUUGAUUUAUUUUAUAUUUCUUAAUUCUCUUUAACCUUUUUGGUUUCACACUCAUUGCUGUGGCUGCGGUAAUGUAGGAGAAUGUAAAAAAACAACAAAAGGCUGGAUCGAUGAAGCCCCCACCAGUUUUAAACACACUGGAUGCUCUGCCAGCUCCACAAGGCCUCGAGUUGUCGGUUUGUUGGACUUUGCCUCAUCCCUUCUUUUUUUGCUGUGUGUUUUUGACUGGUUAAAUAAACUGAGGUUUCGUCCAUUCAUUCCAUUAACAGGGCAGUGCCAUCAUCUAGUUUAUAAAUCAGCAGACUCUGUUAGUCUUCCUAGGAGCUGCAGUGGUACUGUCUAUCUCCUCAGCGUACCUACAGCUUUAAUUGCACUUCAAGUAUAAAUGCCUUUUGACUAUAAACAAAGUAGCCAUAAAACAGUAGCAUGAGACUUACAGUAUUUUGCAGGUAUGCUAUCUGGGACAAAAUAAAGUCCACCUGAAGUCUCACACGUUGGACUCUGGAGUUGGUCAUGCAGUGUAAUAUUUGCCUGGUUGUAUCUUUCCAUUUGGACUUGUGAGAGUUUUGUUUUUUUUGUACAGUAAAUGCAUAUAAACAAAGACUUCUCACAUAGAGGACACUGCUCUCAGAUGUACAUAUUAACAUAAAGCCAGGAGGUGUUCAGAGACCAGUGGCACUGCUGCUACUACUGAGUAGCUUAAAAGGAAUGUGCAUGAUAGCAUAAGAGUAUAACGCCUAUUGGUUGGCCUGAGCAGUAUGCGUUGUAGUAUACUGCUGCAGGACUGGAGGAAUGUUGAGUUCUAAACCGAGUGGAAUCAGCCUUAGAGUGUUUGUGAUGAAUGGGAUGAAUAGUAUCCGCUUUAAAAUGUUAGAUCCAAUGCGUUUGUUGUGAUUUCUUUUCUUUCUUCCCCCCUGCCUCUGGCAUACAUAAUACUUUUUAAAUGAUAAAAGAUCAAAAGUAUUUCUUUCAUUCCUUGUCAGUAUGAUGCAUGCAUGAACAAAUUUACUCAUUUUUCUUCACAGACGAAAGGAAUUAAAAAAUAAUAAUUAUGGAGUCGGAUGAUAUAUUCUGUUUGCCACGGGCAGUACACAGUAAACAGGGUAACUUAAAGUGAGAACUCAGCAUUGGGGAAUACGAUUAUUUGCUUUCGUGUGUGUGUGUGUGCGUGUGCGUGUGUGUGUGUGUGUGCGCGCGGAUUAGAAGAUUGAUCUCUCAUAUUUUCCCGUUAAAUAUGCGACUAAAUCUGUUAGCUUAGCACAAAGACUGGAAACGGGUCGGGAACGGCUAUCCGUGGUCCAGAGGUAACCUCUGCCUACCAGCCCCUCUAAAACUGACCAAAUAACACAUUGUUUGAUGGUUUAAUUCGUACAAAAGCUGAAGUGUAAAACGACAGUUGGGCAUCUUGCAGGAGGUUAGCUAUGUGCCGUACUAUUUCUUGCCUCGGACCAAUAACUUCCUGGUAUCUCCGAUGGUUGCCUAGCAACAACAAGGAAAUGCCGAUUAGCUAGUUGCUUUGCUAGCCGUAGCUUCAUAUUUAGCUUGAUACUGUAAAGACGCUAAAAAGCAAAUGAGCUGUAUCUAACUAUUAUUUUAACUGUUAUGUCAUCAUUUAAACAGAAUAUAAUGUACUCCACAUUUCUCUCCAAAGACAUUCUCUUUUUUUUCUGCUUGCUAAUUGGUGGAAUACAGUUUAAUCAAAUACAUUGUUCACAUGAAACCGGUUAACCAAAUCAAUGAUUUCCAUUUUCCUUUGUUUUCUACUCUUCUGUGAAAAAUGACUCUCCAUUCAAACUUCAUGUGAAAUGUGCCAUGUAAAGCCUCCAUCCCAAACAGAGACAAAUUCAACACAAUUUGCACCUUUUACAUGGUCUACUUAUCUUUUUAUGUGUUGCACUUUGCAGAUUUAUUUAGUUUUUUUAAAUGGUACUUUAAAAGGCUAUUGUGUGACAAUAAUAUUAGUUUUGUGUGUUUUGAAUGGCAAUAAAGCAGUGUGAUCACCAGGAGUCAUUUCUUAGCACAAGUAGGCAUAUAUUCUAUUAAACUAUUUUUAUAACCCAAAAGAGCAGUAUUAUGUAAUAGAGGGAGUAAAGUUUGGUUCUGUGAUGUGUUAAAGUUUCAGUAAACACUGGAUAGCAAUCACUUGAAAUGUACAUUUAAUUUUGUGACUUUGCUGACAGUUUAAUUGUCCAGUAUACAUGUUUGCUAAUUCAGGACAAUGUUGUUGGAUUUAUUGAAAGUUGUCAAAUGAUUAAGGAAAAAAUAAAAAUCCAGUACUUGAAUGAUGAA